CUCUUGGGUCUCUUCCGGUGUAUAGAAAUUGUGUACCUGUUUGGAAUACAAAACUGGGAGCAGAAUGUUGCUGGAUCUCAUUUACUGGUUUCGAUGUCCUGUGGCCUGAUUAGCAAAGAACCUGGGAGACCCUCUAAGCCACAGAAUGGAGGUGGUGACCUUUGAGGAUGUGGUUGUGAACUUCAGCAAUGAGGAGUGGAGUUUGCUGAGUCCAUCCCAAAAGAACCUUUACAGAGAUGUGAUGGGUGAAAUCUUUAGGAACAUGGCUGCAAUUGGAGGACUUGGGGAUAUCCAGGAAGCUGAAAAAGGAGGCAAAAUUUACUGGAGAUACUUAAGAAAUGACAAGCUAGGGAAAUCUUAUGGACAUACAUCUUGGAAUCAGUGUAAAGAAGUAUUCCUUUGUACUGCAGGAGGUAAUGUGAAUGUGAAAGAAACAGAAACAUACCACAAUGUUCAGAUCUAUGAAAAAUAUUGCAGUGGAGGGAAACCCUAUGUAUGCAAGCAAUGCGGGAAUGGUUUUACUACACAUGGAAUUUGUAAGAAACACGAAAUAAUUCACAGAGGAGAGAGACCCUACAUAUGUAAGGAGUGUGGGAAAGCUUUUACAACACAUACAUAUUGUCAAGUAAAUGAAAGUCUUCACUCUGGAGAAAAACUUUAUGAAUGUAAGCACUGUGAGAAAGCUUUCAGCACAUGUACUUAUUGUGUAAUCCAUGAAAAAAUUCACACUGGGCAGAAAUCGCAUAUAUGUAAGAAAUGUGGGAAAGCUUUUAGCAGGAAAAUUCAUUUUCAAAUACAUGAAAAUGUUCACACUGGAGAGAAACCCUAUGUGUGUAAGCAAUGUGGAAAAGGUUUCACCCAACAUGGACAUUGUAAGGAACAUGAAAGAAUUCACACUGGAGAGAAACCAUAUGUAUGUAAGCAAUGUGGGAAAGCUUUUAAUACACGGGGAGACUGUAAUAAACAUGAAAGAAUUCACACUGGAGAGAAACCCUAUGUAUGUAAGCAAUGUGGGAAAGCUUUUACCAGACCUGGAUGUUGUAAGGAACAUGAAAGAAUUCACACUGGAGAGAAACCAUAUGUAUGUAAGCAAUGUGGGAAAGCUUUUAACACACGUGCAAGUUAUAAGGUUCAUGAAAGAAUUCACACUGGAGAGAAACCAUAUGUAUGUAAGCAAUGUGGGAAAGCUUUUAACACACGUGCAAGUUAUAAGGUUCAUGAAAGAAUUCAUACUGGAGAGAAACCCUAUGUAUGUAAGCAAUGUGGGAAAGCUUUUAACACAUGGGGAGACUGUAAGAAACAUGAAAGAAUUCACACUGGAGAGAAACCAUAUGUAUGUAAGCAAUGUGGGAAAGCUUUUAACAAACGUGCAAAUUGUAAGGUUCAUGAAAGAAUUCACACUGGAGAGAAACCAUAUGUAUGUAAGCAAUGUGGGAAAGCUUUUAAAACACAUGGAGAUUGUAAGAAACAUGAAAGUUUACAUUCAAUAUAAAACCAGUGUAUAUAAGCAUCAUGAGAAUGGUUUCAGCACACAUACAUAUUGCAUAAUGCAUGAAAAUCUUCACACUGGGCAGAAAACUAACAUAUGUAAGGAAUGUGGGAAAGGUUUCAGCAGAAAUGCUCAUUGUCCAAUACAUUAUAAAAUUUACUUGCUUGAGAAACCCUGUGUAUGUGAAGAAUGUGGGAAAGCUUUCACCACAUAUGGAUUUUUAAAAAUACAUCAAUAAGUUCACACUGGUGAGAAAGCCUAUA